UAAAAAAUUGCGAUUUGAAUUUUAAAAAGUGAUCAGUCAACUGCCAAAAAUCUAUAGAUUUUAUUUUGUAAAGUCCAGCAACUUGUUAUAAAAUAAAACAUGUUUCUUACUUGGUCCUCCUUUAACAACAUAAGAAUGCUGCUAAUGGCUUGUAUGCCUGUAGUUAUAUUCUAUUUGAUAUGGUUAGUUAAUACGUCAGAAGAAAUACGCAGCGAAGAAGGAACUCUGUUGGAUUUAAUUUGCUGGCCUGAUGGAAAUGCGAUACCAGUUAUUAUCGCAUGUGGAUCAGUUGUUGCCGUUGUUAUUGAGUUGUAUGGAUUAUACCAGCUGUUCAAAGCCGGAUUACCGAAGAGAGAGUACAAUGUAUCAAACGGACUCUAUUACUACGUGUGGGCUCUUAUUAUUAUCAUCAUAAUAUUUUUGGCGAUUAUGUUUUAUUCCGGCCUUCAAUCAACUAUCAUAAGAGCAAAAAUUAAAGGCGGCAUAACGAAAGCAAUGCUCCGGUACCCCAUACACCUGCCGUCCAAGGUUGCCGUGGACCGCCUGCAGACCCGCUUCCACUGCUGCGGCCGCGUCAACUACCACGAGUGGUUCUACAUACCCUGGUACACCGCUGGACAGAUCAAGAACAACAUUACGUCUUCAUCUGCUCGCAAGUUCGUGGCAGACAACGUGCCGUACAGUUGUUGUUCUAUGGAGGUGAUGCGGCCUUGCAUACACCACGGGGUCACGAGGGUCGGGACCAUUUAUAAGUAUGACCCCAAGCAAAAGCUAACAAUUUGGGAAGAUGGAUGUGAAGAGAAAUUAAUAAGCGAAAUGAUGUCUGUGUCCAGGCGUUUCAACUCAGUGAUGGUUCUUAUAAUAAUAGCGAUGUUCCUUCAAAUCUUAGCCGUGCGAUAUCUCCAUACGGCGUACAAAAACGGCCUCCACGUCGGCAACCAGAUCACUUGCGAAGCUUACUUGCUUCGUUCUACCACAGACACGAAAUUAGAAGAGGCGGCUAAGAAGAAAGCCUUCAAAAGGAAGAAGUGUCGCCAAGCUCGCACCCUGCAGUGGGUGACUGCGACGUACCGUGCCAAGACAAAGAGACGGAUUAUUACGUCAUCGGGCUCUGAUAUCAAUAGCUCUGAUGAACUGUUAAAACCUAUUUAUGAAUAAAUUAAUAUUUAAAAA